UUUUAAUCAUUUGUUGAACUUUGUUUUUGCGAAGUCUUGUUUUUUUCCACUUAUUUUCUUUUGACUUUCUCCUGCAAGUGGAUAAUUUUACAUCUAAUCUGCUUAGAAAUAUCUUCUGAAACAUAUCAGAAUAGCUUGCACGUAAUGACCGUUUUGACUGGAAAUGAAAUGAAUGAAGAGUGGUCUCUGACAUUUGCACACUAUCAUAGAUGUGUAGUGAAAUAAACACGUUAUGAGAAGACCUGGAUGUGGCGCACUGAUCCGCUGAUCGCUGUAAACACAAAAACAGCUAUUCUUUUCCUGGGAGUAAAUAUUUACGUAAACGUCUGUGCGUAGGGCAGUUUAUGAGAGAGAGAGACUUGUGAAAAGCACGAAAUGAAUAGAGUCAGAAACCACAAUGCCUGUUUAUGUGGAAGGAGCGGAAAGACUGGGGCAGUCAUUGUGUCUGCUCGCGUGUGUGUAUAUACUUUGUGCGUGUGUGUGUAAAGUGGGCAGAAUGGGCUCGUCUGAAGGACUGGCACUGCAGGCAGCUCUGGGGCCUGCCCUCCUGCUUUCUCCUCCAAGGGGGAAAGACUUGGACUGAAGCCCACGGAGAGAGCCUUGAGUCCAGCCUCUGGCUUUCUAACCCAAACCUCCUCCGGGAUCCAGUCAGGUUAUAUCAGCCCGGCUGCAGGAGUGUUCUGGGAUGGCUCUGGGGUUUCUCUGCGGGGUCGAGGACUUCCUGGCUUCAGGGAGUCAGUUGGUGUGGACCGUGGCCGAGCAGGUGCUGAGAAGAUGCUACAAUGAAGGUCUUGUGCCGUGUAGAAGGUUCCUACAGACACUGUGCCAUAUAGGAGAUGUCUAUCAGAUGACGGAGGGCCGGCAGUGCCAGGUGCUUCUGCUGGAUGACAGACAGCUGGAACUCUUGGUCCAGCCAAAGCUGUUGUCUCGAGAUCUGCUGGACCUGGUCUCUUCCCAUUUUAACCUGAAGGAGAAAGAGUAUUUUGGAAUUUCUUUCACGGAUGAGGGCGGUCAGACUAACUGGCUCCAGCUGAACCGAAGAGUCCUGGAGCACGACUUCUCCAAAAAGACUGGACCACUCGAGCUCAAAUUCCAAGUCAGGUUUUACAUCGAGAGUAUCACAUUUUUGAAAGACACAACAACGGUGGAGCUGUUUUACCGGAACGCAAAGUCUUCUGUCUAUGAUGGGACAAUUGAAUUGGAGAGCGAAAAUGUGUUUAAAUUAGCCGCAUACGCGCUGCAGGAGGCAAAGGGAGACUACACAAGUGAUGAAAGUGCAAGAUCAGACCUGAAGAAGCUCCCCGUAUUCCCCACAGCUGUUUUAAAGGAGCACCCAUCGCUGACCUAUUGUGAAGACAGGGUAAUUGAGCAUUACAAAGCUCUCAAGGGACUCACCCGAGGAAAAGCCAUUGUACAGUAUCUUUUGUUAGUGGAAUCUUUACCUACAUAUGGGGUUCAUUACUAUGAAGUGAAGGACAAGCAGGGGAUCCCGUGGUGGUUGGGAAUCAGCUAUAAAGGCAUUGCCCAGUAUGACCAACAGGACAAGCUGAAGCCUAGAAAGAUCUUUCACUGGAAGCAGCUUGAGAACUUGUAUUUCCGUGAGAAGAAGUUUGCAGUUGAGGUCAACGACCCUCAGAGGAAGGCAGCGUCCAAGCGUACUUUCGGACAGUCUGGGCAGGCAAUCCACUCGUGGUAUGCCAGCCACUCUCUGAUCAAAACCAUCUGGGCGAUGGCCAUCAGUCAGCACCAGUUCUACCUGGAUCGUAAACAGAGCAAAGCUAAAAUAGCCACAACCAAGAGUUUGGGCGACAUCGCUAUGGACCUCACUGAGAUCGGAGCCCCCAGGAUCAGCAGGAUGGUCAGUGUUGAGAGCAAAGACCAGCUCAUCAUGGCCAGUAAUGGAAGCUUGGUUUCUGCAGGUUCUGCAGAUUCUGAGGUAAGUGAAGAACUGAAGAAGGAGAAAAUUGCAGAGCUGAAGAAGAAGGAGAAGAACCUUCAGGACCUUCUGACCCAGAAGCUCAAUGAGCUUAAAAAGAUCUGCCUCAGAGAAGCAGAGCUGACUGGAAAACUGCCUAAAGAGUACCCUCUAGCGUCAGGAGAGAAACCCCCUACUGUACGAAGGCGCGUGGGGACUGCCUUCAAACUAGAUGACCUGUUCCCCUAUGAUGCGGACCCUCAUUUAAGGAAUUUGGAAAGCAGGUUCGCUCUGCAGCAGAAGAUCGUAGAAGCAGCGAAGAAGCUUGCCAACGAAACUGAGCUCUGUAAAACCGUAAAGAAAAAGCGGAGGAGGAACUGUUUAGAUGCCAUGAAGAAGCUCCAGGAAAUCGAGAACGAGAUUAAUGACUACAGAGUGAAGACUGGCAAGAUGCCCACACAGAGAGCUUCCCUCAUCAUUGCUGAUGAUGUGAGUAUAGCAGACCUCAGCUCUCUCUCGGAUAGCCUGAAUCUGGAAGAUGAUGAGGCUCUGGGAACGCACCGGCAGCGAUCCCGUUCAGUUCAGUAUUCCCCCCGCCCUUCGGACGCCCUGGACGUUCCCUACCACUCCGAUCACAGGACCUCUGCCAACGAUGAGCAGCAGGACUCGAACGGAAUAAAUCAUGGCGAAGUGCAGGAACCUUACCCCUAUAUGCACCGAGAUGCCUUAUCGACACACAGUAGCCCCUACUACCAAACCUCCAGACAGCUCCGUGACUCCCGGAGCAUGCCUCCCACCCCCCAGCUCACCCGCAACGCCUUCAGCAGUAUCCAGCUCAGGUGUGAGGACGACGGCCCUCAUCACUUCCGGCAGCGCAGUGGCAGCUUAGAGUCUCAGUCUCUCUUCCCGGCAGAGACGGACGGCCCCGAGCCCGCCUUCACCAUCGCUCCCCCGGCCCGCCGCAGCAACAGUACAGAGGUCCUGGACGACGUCUCCUCACACACCAGCCAGUCCAGCUCAGAAUACUGCGUCACCUCGCGGGCUCGUGACCGCUACCGACGGAAGAAAGGCAAUGUCUACGCCAACACGGGUAGCAUGCCCAACCUAGCACAGAACGAUACUCGCGGUUACGCCUACCCGUCACGGACACGGCCCACCACCACCGCCUAUUACGUUACCGGAUACCCCUGCUACCCGGAGCCUGAACCGUACGUCAACAGUGGCUACGUGUACGAGAGUGAAGUGGAGGGGCACUACAACGUCAAUCCUUCCUACCACGUGCCAGCCUAUCCCACGCAUGACCCUUAUAGGGGCUACGGGCAGGACGAGUUAGAUAGCAUGAGCCAGAACCCGUACGCCACCCUGAGGCAAUCGAGGAGCCGGCCGCCGUCCAGGAACGAGAACGUGACAAAAAACAUACAAAAGGCUAUAGUGGCUGAGCACUUGCGAGGCUGGUAUAACCGGAACACAGGGCACAAGCAGCCGGCCUAUGACUACGACAGGGGACCACAGCACAGCUUGGCCUACAGGAUCGCACCUACCGCUUAUGGCUUUAAUGACCGCGCCACCUCUUACUCAUCGGUGUCUUCAGCAGUGAAUGCGAGCAACUGGCGUAGUCACCUGGCCGUGGGCUUAUCAGAGUGCAACAUGCCUCAUCACCCCCAGCACACAUACAGCUACAGCUCAGUCCAGUACAGCCACCCAGCACACAGCAGCCGUGACCCCCAUCUGCUAGCUCCACCCCCAGGGCCUCUCAUGGACAGAGCUCCACCUGAGUUUUCUAGGAGGAGCCCAGCUCCAGGACCUUUAAACAUGCCUGGUGCUGUUGCCAGUGGUUAUGACCAGGACUAUUAUUACACUCAGUGCUAGUGUGAGACUCACAGCACGAAAGAAUGUGGUCGUACAUUGACGUGAGCCAAGCGGAUGCACACAUGAGCAGCCCAGUGGACAGUUUUGACUCUGAAGAUCAGACACUUUACUGGCACGAGGACUCUAAGCCUGGAACUAUAGUGUAAGGACUGAGCGAGGCCACCUGCAGCUGCUCUUCAUGCUUCCGCGUGCCUUCUUCAAGUCCAUCUCAAUUUGCUUUUCUAUGGGCGACUCAUUCCAAAGCUGCAAAAGCAAAGGAAUGUUACCAGGCAAGAGCCAUGUGACUCUUUGGAGAGGAGCACUGCUCAUUCCCUCUGAGAACAGAUCCGAAACAGGCCCAGAGAGCUGUGUAUUUUUGAGUGCGGUUGGCACUAGCACUUGUGUUGCAGGACUUUAUCUACCCGUUGGAAAUGCCUGCGGAGUUUUCUUUGGGGUUUAAUAUCGAUUGAUAUUUGAGCCAAAAAGCCUGAACUAGUUCUCCUGUACCACAGAAGGAUAUUACACUAGUAAAUCCACUGUAUGGACACAUGCAAAUAUUAAUAUGAAGGAUUGAACCCAGGUGGUUUCUGUUGUCUGUAGUGUGAAAACCCCCACAUGGACAUUUUGCAGUCUUUUUUUAGCUAAAUAACUUGAAGUCAUACCCCUUAUAUUGCUACUGAGGUUAUCUUUUGUCUUGGAAUAUUAUUUUUUAAAGCUUUUAUAAACAAGUAUGCAUACUCAAAAGUGCUUUGAACACAGCUAUGAAAAACUAGCUUGUUCUUUCAGUGUUGUUUCUCUUCAGGGCUCCAUCACUCCAGAUAGUAAAAGGCUGUUUACACACCGAGCACGAUUUGAAGAGACAUUCGCAUCAAAACUAUCUUGCCGUUCCUUUGCUCCUCACGAAACAGGCAAGCUGAGCUUGUGCUGGAUGCUGUCCACUUUGGAAAAGCAAGCAGAGUUUCUCUUCCUCAUUCAGGAGUUGAAACUUCAUGAAUGCUUCCACUCACAGUUAGGAUCUCAGCUGAGUUUGAGCUGCUUUCAGAGACGCAUCUUCUCACGUGAUGAAGCACAAAACAAACAGGCUGAACAUGGUUUAGUGCAAACAGUCCAACAGUGACAAUGGGCUACCUUCCAAUUCGGAAAUGUGAAAGUAGCACAGAGAGCUUUAUUGCAUCAUUUCACAGCUAAAACUUUGAGUUCUUCCACAUAUAACUCGGAUGUUUGUAGCCCAGUUUGAGCCCCGUUUAAGCUGCUUUUUGAGAUUCAAAUCCUUUUGAUAUUUGUACAAGGGUUCCAUUUACAGGGACACAGCCAGUGCAUCAUUUGGUUGUUGCCAUGCCAACACCAGAGAUGAUCGUGAUCAGUCAGUGACUUAUUGAUACUGACGAAAAGGUCACAAAAAUUGAACACAGGGUGAAUAAAUAUCGCAUUUUCACAACCGGAAAAAUUGUUCAUGGUGUGCGAGACAUCAGUUAUGCGCAUGCUCUAUUUAUUUUAGUCCGAAUAAAUCGCACAAAUAAACCUCUCUCGGUGUGUAAACGCCUUAAUAGUUGCUUUUAGUUGCUGAGUUACUCAUAACAUUUGAAUUCUUUGAAAGACACUGUAUUGCUUUACACAUCUGCUAUGAUAGGACAGCAAAUCUGCACCCGUUCACGUUCGGCAUGGUAAAAGCUAAAGGAGGAACGCUGCUUUUGCUCGGUGCUUUUGCUGUUUUCCUCAUUCCUCAAAGCUUCGCAUGCCUUCUUCGAAUCAUGAAGCUACUCUGCGUUCAGUACCGGAACUUUCAUUGAAUUGAUUUCUUACAUUUCUUUCAUUCCUUGAAGCCCAAACCGUAUUUCUACUACUUAUUUUUAAAUAUAAUACACCUGUGUGGAUUUUUACACUGUACACAUUUUGUCACGUGUUAUAAUAUCUGACUGCAUCUGAUACUGGAAGGCCUGGUGUUCGCUGUCUCUCUCCAGCAGAGAGCUGUUUAUGUAUAUGUGAAUUUUGUAUAUAGACUUUCUUACUGUUGUCUUUUUUAGAGAGAAUUUUUUUCUAUGUGUUUUUUGCAAAGCAUGUAAUAUAUAGUAAUCGAAUUUGUUAAGCUGGUUCUUAGUAAUUUGUAUCAACAAAAAGCAUUUGAAUUAAAAAAUGACCAACGUUCAAAAGAUUGGA